AAUAAAAUAUAUUUAAUUCAGUACCUGACACGGCUUUAGAUCCUAAGCCAUGGUACCUGAUAUUGGGUAUUUUUGUGAAUUGGUCUGCUGGUCUAUACGGUUGUACACUUGGGUAAGGGAGAGGUGUAGAGAUGCGCAUUAAUAUUACGUUUUCGUCAAGAAUCCAAGAGUCCAAACAUCUCUUUCGCGAGACCGAACUACCGAAGCCAGUACAAUCAUAGUCGUACUCAAGUCAUAGAUCAUGAAGUCAUAUACGUUGUUUUCUGUUUAGUUGUUAUUACACCUUCUGACCUUCAGCAGUUCAGUCGUUCAGUGUGCAGGUACUCCGUGUUUAGUACUAUACUACUAUAAUAUUUAUAGUAUUCUUUGAGUUUUGACGGAAAUACCCAACGAGACUACGAUUUUGAAAUUAAUUAUUUGGUACUUACCGGCUAUCUUAGUCUUUAGUAGUCACUUGAUGAAUUAAGUAUUUAAGUAUAGGUAUUAUAAUAAUUUUUAUCCAUUAUAAUUUGUCAAACGAAGAAAAAUGGCUGCAACUAAGGAAGAUUAUAUGACAAUUAAAAGGAUUAUAAAACAUGAAAUUUUCAAACGCAAAAAAAGAAAUCAACACAAAGAAAUUUCAAAAGACAAUAAGUCAAGUGAAGAGUAUACAUCAAUGUUGAAAAAACUUAAAAAGAAUAAUAAAAGAAAAAAGGAAAAAACCCCUAACGAAACUCAAAAUAUAAAUAAUUUGGAAAAUGAUAAAACCUCAAUUUGUACAGAGCAGAGUAGUAUCAGUGGUACAAACAAAUUGAUAUCAGAUCUUAUUGAACCAAAAAUAACACCUCACCAAGAUUUGGAUAAUUCUAUGAAUACAGAAUAUAUUAAUGAGAUGCAAGUAUUAAAAUUGAAAUAUCCAUUAAAAGAAACCGAGGAAAAGGAAAAAUCUAAGAUUGCAACUAAAGAAGAAACUGAGUUAUCAGGUCAAGCAACUAAACAUACAGAAAAUGUAUGUUUGGAAAACAAUAUAUCUGAAAAUUAUUCAAAAGAGAUGUAUAAUGAUACCACUGUGGUCAAGACUACUGAUAAUUCAAGAGUUUCAAAUGUGGGGAAAGUUCAUGAACAACUGAAAAAACUGAAGUACAUGUGCGAAGUCUGUGGUAGUACAUUUACACGUCAAUCAAAUUUGAUAGUUCAUCAAAAAAUACAUACAUUACAAAAAGAAUAUGUAUGCAAUAUUUGUGGUAAAGCAUUCAUUCAAAAAACAAAUUUAAAAAAUCACCAACGUGGUAUACACACGGGUGAAAGACCACACAGAUGUGAUAUUUGUGGCAAAUCAUUUUCCAUUAAGUCUACAUUGAAUAAACACCGUCUAAUACAUACUGGGGAAAAACCGCACGUGUGUGAUGUAUGUGGUCAAUCAUUUACACAAAGAAUAAAUAUGUUAGUGCAUACUCGUCGACAUACUGGUGAAAGAGAAAGACCAUUUAAGUGUGGUCAUUGUGAAAAGUCAUUCUUAUCAAGCAGUCAUCGUACAAAACAUAUACGUAGUUUUCAUGACAAACAUUUAUAAAUUAAUUUGAAUUGCUUGUGUUGUUACAAACCUAAAGUGUGAAGUUUGUUUGUCAAUUUAUUGUCAAUGAUGUUUUCUGUGUUCUGAAAAUGUUGGCGAAUAAAAUAUUCUACUCCAAAUUUUUCUUUUUUUGAUUCAAAUAAAUGUUUAUGUUAAAAUGUUUAUUUACUUUAUU